AUGUCGAGGGCUCAAGUUCCAGAAAUCCGAAUCCCGGCAACUCCAAGAACGCAAAGGAAGCGCGUUCGAUACUCGGAUCCUGGCCUGGUUUCCGGCUCUACUGGAUUAACGCCAGCAAUGAAACGGUCGACAUUGACUUUGGACACGUCAAAGGCAUGCCCACCUACUCCAUCCAGGAGACAGCGUCGCAGGGUGUCGUUCCCACUUCCGGAUAUCCCUUUUUCGGGCGAGGUACAAUUCGCUCCGUUAAGGCAAUUACUGGACGCGCGGGUGAAGCGGCGUAUCAGGAGAAAUCACUUGAGCGAAGAGAUAAAUAGCAUCGAAGCAUGUCGCCGAGAAGAAGCUCGAAGAAGAAGCUCGCUCAGACGUACAAUUUCAACCGACGGAAGAAUAAGGGGGAAGGAAUUGCCUAUGGAUGACAGGCAAGAUAUUGAUGUUGAUUCUGAAACAUGCUUUCUGGAAAGAGAUGAUGAUUUCGAUUGCAUUAAUGAGACCGACGCCACAGAAGCAGACGCUACCACCACGGAGGACAUGAAGGAAGAGAAUCGGCUGAUCAAAUCGCCAUCCAGUUCUUGUCCUUCCGGCACGUCCCAAGAGCUUGAGAUCACACCAAUAACAAGAAGGCCUGCUGAUGAUGACUGUUUGGACCAGCCUUUCAAUCUUCAGCAGCGGCUUGACUCUUCUCUUAAAGCGCUGAAAAAUGAUAUUUCUGCGCUUGGUUUCCGAGGAGACACACCGGAAGAAAUGAUUGCAACCAUCAAAGAUGCGUUUAGGCAAGCCAGAUUACGACUGGAGCGCAUGGAGCCGGGUGAGAUUCCUGGUGGAUUUGAAAGCUCGCGCUUUCUUGACAUUGCUACCGACCGCGUCGCAGCAUUGCUUCGCAGAGCCCAGAAAGCUGAAGCCCUCGCAGACCAAAAUAACCAAUUACGUGCGACGCUGCAAAGACAUUUUGAUGGCUCAUUAUUUCGAACAGGCAAGCUGGAGCGAGAAAAUGAAUGUUUUAAAAAGCAGCUAUUUGUUAGCAAUUCUCAACAGCAGCUUUACCGUGCCGAACUGAAUGAGCUCACCGCACAAAGAGACGAACAGACCCUCUCGAUAGAAAAAUUAGAACUCGCCUUGGACAUGUGUCACAGCGAGGUCAGCGUGCUCGAAAGCACACUCAAAGAGAAAGACGCAGAGAUCGCCCGCAUACUUGCCCAGAAGAUUGAUGCUGACGAGGCGGUGGCGGACCUUGAAUCGAAAUUAGAGGAUGAGCAACGCGAGCACGGAGACACAAUGGCAGAACGCAACAAGCUCAGUGAGCUUGUGAAUCAGUUGAAACUUGACUUGGAGUGUGCGAACAACCGCAUCUCGGAGAUUCAGUGCGACACCCAGGAGCUUCUCCGGUGUAAAGAGGUUCACAUUCAAGCUUUGAGAGAGGAUUUGUCCCAACAGGGUGAGAAUCAAGAAAGGUUCAGGAGAGAAACAGAUUCGACAUUGAAAGAAUAUCUCCAAGAGGCCGCCAGGCUGAGGGCUUCGCUAGCAGACGCCGAUGCACUAGUCGGAACUCUGGAAAAGAUAAAAGCGGAACUCGAGGCACGACUGGCCGAAGAGACUCGAGCGGGCAAAUUUGCUAUCGAGUCCAUUCAAAGCGAAAUGGUCGCCUGCCUAGCUCGAUGCACUCAGAAAAGAGACGACUAUCUGAGAGCGCACGAUUGUGACCAGAAUUCAAUUGGGCUGCUGACCCCAGUGAGCAACAGCGGAAAGUUUGAGCCCUUUGGCGGCGCUGAGACACCUUGCAAGAGAAAGAAGAGAAAAUAUGACAGUGGAAUAUUCGUCAUUGACGAGGACGAAGAAGAUGAAGAAUGA